AUGAGCGACUUGCCAAAAUUACCAUUAGAGCUCAUCUUCAGCAUCAUCGCCAGCCUGCUGGGUGAUCCGCGAACCAUCCACAAUCCGUCUCACUCAUCCACCAAGGCCCUCCUUUCAUUCACCCUUGUCUGCCGAGCGACAUACUCAGUGGCCACCAACUACCUCCGCGAGCAGUGUUUAUACAUAGACAAUGACAGGCGCCUGCGCGGCCUGAUUCACACGGUCGAAUCCACCAAGCACAGGAUCCAGGGCUACAACAGCACUGGCACAGAUAUCCCCAAGUCGCUGUCGAUUCAGCCAGGCAGCAGCCUACGGCCCAUAACAAACCUGUACCUCUCCCCAUUUGGUUCAAGCAUCGACGACCAGCCGAAAGCAAUAUGGAUCCGCGAGCUCUUCUGCCUCAUCCAUCCCACGCUGCGCCGCCUCGUCGUCGACAUCCCCCUGCGGAGCCUCUACCCGGCGGAUGACCACCUCAACGUGCGCAAGACGCUCAGGGAGGCCUUUAGCCUGCUCACCGAGAUCGAGGAGUUCGUGAGCGUGCAAGAUGAGUUGUACCUGGAUAUCCUGGAACCCGAGUGGCGAACUGAGAAGGAGACUUCGGUGUGGACCCUGUGGCCGAAACUGAAGAGGCUUGCGCUGUACAAUGUAGACGCGGAUGAGAGGUUCUGGAAGUCUGUGGAGGGGAUGCGAGAGUUGGACACGGUGGUGCUGACUCGAGCAGAUGGGCUUGAGAGCACUUGCAUGAAGAGCGAAUAUUUUGGAAGUGCAAUUGGGAGCGUUGCCGGCGAUGAUACUGGGAACGCGGCUGGUGAGGAGUCGGCACCACCGAGGCCGCUAAAGGUGGUGAUUGUCAACAUCGCGAACAAUCAGCCGAGCUACCUGGCAGGCAGGUGGAAGUGGGACAAGGUCGAUCCGAACAACCUUAUGAGGGUCAUGACGUACGACGUCCCUACAUCAUUUUACGGCGAUGAGGACCCUAUCUAUCUUUGUCAACACUGGGUGAAAGUGGCAGCUUUAAGGGGUGAUAUUUGGGAAUGGGAAGGUGAUCUAGUGAAAGGAGGACCGCGAGAUGGGUCGGGCAAUGCUCUGGUUUUUGAGUUAGAGGCAUGA